AAGAGGCCCGGCCAGGAAGCGUGAGGACGCGGUUCCUUAGCCAAGGGCUGGGGCGCCUUUCAUCCGGUCCUGCUCCGAGCGGUGAAGGGUCAGGCCCCUGAGUGUGGGUCAUGGCGCUGGUUGCCCGAUUGUGGCGCUUUCUCCAUUUGGGACGUGGCUCCGUCCCGGGGCCUCGGCUGCUGAUGGGAGCUCCGGGCAGCCGCGGUCGGUGCGGCCUCGGGCGACUCCCCGGCUUUGAGGUGAUAGGAAACCCAGGAACUUUCAAAAGAGGUCUUUUAUUCUCAGCUUUGUCUUACUUGGGUUUUGAAAUUUAUCAGGUCGUUUCUCAGGCUGCUGUGGUUCAUGCCACAGCCAAAGUUGAAGAAAUCCUUGAACAAGCAGAUUACCUAUAUGAAAGUGGAGAAACUGAAAAGCUUUAUCAAUUGCUAACCUCGUAUAAGGAAAGUGAAGAUGCAGAGUUACUAUGGCGUUUGGCACGGGCAUCACGUGAUAUAGCCCAGCUUAGCAGAACCUCAGAAGAGGAGAAAAAACGAUUGGUGUAUGAAGCCCUAGAAUAUGCAAAAAGGGCACUUGAAAAAAAUGAAUCGAGUUUUGCCGCUCAUAAGUGGUAUGCAAUCUGUAUUAGUGAUGUUGGAGAUUACGAAGGCUUCAAGGUUAAAAUUGCAAAUGCCUACAUUAUCAAGGAACAUUUUGAGAAAGCAAUUGAACUGAAUCCUAAAGAUGCUACUUCAAUUCACCUUAUGGGUAUUUGGUGUUACACAUUUGCUGAGAUGCCUUGGUAUCAAAGAAAAAUUGCGAAAAUGCUGUUUGCAACUCCUCCUAGUUCCACCUAUGAGGAGGCCCUAAGCUACUUUCACAGGGCAGAACAAGUGGAUCCAAACUUUUACAGCAAAAACUUGCUACUUUUAGGAAAGACAUACUUGAAGAUACAGAACAAAAAGCUCGCCGCCUUCUGGCUCUUGAAAGCCAGGGACUAUCCAGCACACACAGAGGAGGAUAAACAGAUCCAGACUGAAGCUGCUCAGUUACUUACAAGUUUCAGUGUCAAGAAUUGAGAAUUUUUCAGAGAAGACAGCACACGAAUAUCUAAUAAACAUUAUUUUUUUCAUCAA